AAAUGUGUUUGAUAGAGGGCGCUAGGGAAUUUUAAUGUUGGCUUUCAUUCUUUGCACAUCUCAUCACAAAUUCAUUAAGCCUGUUGAAAUCUAACUAUUUGAAAAUUGUUUUCAUCUGUCCCAACUCUACUAUGCUAAGGCCACUUGUACUUAUUAACAAAUGCCUUUGCUAGCAAGACUUUAAUGAGAAUUAACAUAGAAACUGCCAAUGUUUAUAAUGGCCCAUAAAUAAUAACAUAUUUCCCUAUGUUAGAGGAAGCAGCAACUUAAGCACAAACAUGUGAACAAGGCACUUUCUUUUCAUUGACAACUGUCUGCAAGCUCAUCUCAGAGGUUGUUAUGUUUUCACUACGUAUUGUGACUACUAGCCACUAUCAGGCAGUACCUAUACCUGACUUGGAUCCAACAUAUUCAGAGUUUCGGGGCACUGCUGUGAAGCGAGUACCUGUGCUUCGAGUUUUUGGAUCAACACCAGCAGGUCAGAAAGCUUGUAUGCACAUUCAUGGUGUGUUUCCAUAUUUGUACAUACCAUACGAUGGGACUCAGCCUUUGGACUCCUACCUGAGGCUUUUUGCUGCUAGUGUGGAUAAGGCCUUGAAUAUUGCUAACAGAUCCCCCAACUCUAGUUUGCAGCAUGUUUACAAGAUCUCACUUGUUACGGGAAUACCCCUCUAUGGUUAUCACCCUCAAGAAGAGCAGUUUCUCAAGAUUUACCUCUAUAACCCAAACAAUGUCAGAAAGGUAGCAGACCUACUGCUGGGAGGGGCAGUGAUGAACAAAUCAUUUCAGCCCCAUGAAGCUCACAUACCCUAUCCAUUACAGUUGUUCAUUGACUACAACCUGUAUGGUAUGAACUUCGUCAAUGUGAAAAAUUUAAAGUUCAGGAAAAAAACAGAUUGUAAUUCAGCUGCAGAUAUCUCUAAAGAAUUGAAAGUGAAUGCAAGUUGCACAGAAACACCCACCAGGCAUGAGAAUAUAUCUCUUUCAUCCUCUUCUAGUAGCCUGUCAUUUUCACAAUGGAUUUGGCAUGAGGAAAAUAUGAGCAGUGAGUUUUGGCUUCCAUCAUGUGUGGUCAGACAGAGUAGCUGUGAAUUGGAAGUUGAUGUCGUUGCUGCUGAUAUAACUAAUACAGCUGAACUCUCAAAAAAUGUUGGCACAAAUCCUGGUCUGGCUGCAUUAUGGGAGGAUGAAAGACAGAGAAGGAGAGACAAUGGUGAAUGUUCUCAGGUGGAGCCUGAUACCUCACAAGAGAGAUCAAGUUUGGUUCCAUCAAACUCAGAGAAAGAACUUUUGAAAAGGUUUCUGGAUAUAGCAGCCAUACAGUCUACAACUAGAUCCUCCCAGUUAGACAGCUUAUCACACAGUUGUCAGUCUUUUGCUCAUGUCCCAGCAUCUCAGCUGAUGGAUACCUCCACAGAUGAGUCUUUGUCUGGUUCUCAGAGUUGGGAGCAGCUGAGUGGUGUUAGUAUUAAUGAAGCAAUGGUCAAUGUGGAGUCAAUAGAGAGGGUUGUUUCUAGCAGUCAGAGUUUUUCAAGCAAUACAUCAAACAAGUCUUACUCAGAGUCCCCAGACAAGAGCGUGACAGACAUCCUGUCAGCACUGUUGAGAGAAGCAGCUUGUGCCCAGCUGGAAGAUGAAGAUAGUAUACUAAACCAGAGUCUAGCUGUAGAAGAGGAGGAUGAAACAUUGAGCAUGUCCCAGGUUCUGGAGCACCAAGAGGAAGAAACAUUGAAGUUGGGUGAGCCAAGCCCUGCUGUAGACAGUGAUGAUGAGAUGAGCUUGGAUGAUGAUCCCUUGCCACAGUUUGAUGGAGCCUCUGACAAACUCCCUGGCUCUGAGAAGAAAAGUUCAAGUCCUGGAGCAACAAGUCCAAGCCUGUUGGCAGAGCAUGAAGAGCCAGGAGAGGUGUCUGUGUUAGCUGGCAGCACAAUGUCAGCUGGUCCAGCCAAUGUUCCUGCCAGCCCACUGGCCAGAAGUUACCCUGCUGAAGCUUGGCAUGGCUGGUCAACUCCCUCUAUGGCCAGCUGGUCCCAAGCUCCCAGCUGGCACAAUGCCUCUCCCUACAGUCAGUCCAACACUUUUAACUUCCAGUCCCCACCCUACCCACAGCAACCAUUUCAGAGCCCUUAUCAACAGUUCCCUUACCAGAGUCCUACACCACAUCCAUACCUGUCCCCUUCCUCAAGUCAGAGUUAUCAUUCUCCACAAUCAUAUCAGUCCCCUACUACAAGUCAACCCUAUCAGUCCCCUACCACAAGUCAACCCUAUCAGUCCCCUACCACAAGUCAACCCUAUCAGUCCCCUACCACAAGUCAACCCUAUCAGUCCCCUACCACAAGUCAACCCUAUCAGUCCCCAACCACAAGUCAACCCUAUCAGUCCCCAACCACAAGUCAACCCUAUCAGUCCCCUACCACAAGUCAACCCUAUCAUUCCCCUACUACAAGUCAACCCUAUCAGUCCCCUAGCACAAGUCAAGCGUAUCAGUCCCCUUCCACAAGUCAACCCUAUCAGUCCCCAACCACAAGUCAACCCUAUCAGUCCCCAACCACAAGUCAACCCUAUCAGUCCCCUAGCACAAGUCAAGCGUAUCAGUCCCCUCCAGCUGCAGCCAGCCACUACCCCCCCCUGAAGCAAGCAAUGAGUGGCCAGGCUUUCCCAGCCUCAUCUCAAGUGUACCAGUCAGCCAGCGGCCAUGUGUACCCCCCUCCCUACCAGGCACACAACUCUACCCAGCCUUGCCUGACCAGCUACCCCUCAGCCAGCCAAGGUUUCACAUCCCAUUCCCCCCCCUCUCAGUAUCCUGACUAUUAUUGUGGCAAGGCUGCUGGGGCAGCACUCAACCAGCUCCCACCUGGCUAUCAGAGGCAACACUCACUGGAGCAGUCAACAGCUCAGGAACUAAGGUCGGCUUCACAUGAGCGAAAGUCAGCUAGCCAUUGUCACCUAGCUCAGGAGCAAAGGGCAGGGGGCCAUGGUCAAACAGCCCAGGAGCAAAGGGCAGGGGGCCAUGGUCAAACAGCCCAGGAACAAAGGGCAGGGGGCCAUGGUCAAACAGCCCAGGAACAAAGGGCAGGGGGCCAUGGUCAAACAGCAGAGGAACAAAGGUCAACUAGCCAAGGUCACACAGCGCAAGAGCAAAAAUUGUCUAGCCAAGGUCACCCUUUAGGAUCCCCAGUAGAGUUGAGUGUGGAUGCAAGAGCUAAAGCUAGUCUGGAGAACCCAGAAGUAAAAACUGUUGGCUUCAAGUCAGCCACCAGCCAAAUAGCUGCAGUCAGCAGACCAUCUGCCAGUUCAGGUGAUCUCAAGUUCCCCAGUUCACUCAAUCAAUCUACUGCUGCCUCGACCAAAAUCUCCACAUUGGAGUUCAAGCCUGGUGUGACUUGUGAGCAGAGCACUAAGCUGGAGACUGGUGCACAGGACGCCUGCACUUGUACUCUUUCAUCAACUCCCAUGAUUCAACAGUUGCUCAUGGAAGAAUCUCCAAUGAGAAUUCCAAUAAAAAAAGAAGACAGAGAAGCAGUCAUGAAGAAGCCAAUGCUAAGUCCUUCCCCCAAAGUCAAGAAAAAAAGUAAAGCCAGCCAAGCCAGACCCCGCAGCACUAGUCUCUCGUCUCCCCAGCCUCCCCCUGUAGGCCAAGCUUUCACCAAGUCAAUGCUCAGCUCUCAGAUGAUGCCACGGCCCAGCAGGUCUCAUUCUAUUUCACUGCCAUUCUCUCCUGACAGCAGACCGGCAGCAUUCUCUCCUGACAGCAGACCGGCAGCAUUCUCUCCUGACAGCAGAAAGCAAGGUUUUGUACCCAGCUGGCCCCAGCAGCCGAUGCAGCAGGAGUGGAACCAGCAGCAUGGCUACCCAGCCCAUUGGCAGCAGCUGCAGCACUGGGAGCACCAGGGCCAGGGCUCCAAUGGCAGUUGUGGCCUGAUGGGGAGGCUGCAGCACAGGUCAUUCAGUGCAGAUGCUGCCAUGUCUCCCUACUACCAAAGCCAGCUGACCAGUGGGGGGGCAGACAGCUCUCCCCAGAGCACUGGUGGCCAGACAGGGGAUAAAUCCUCCCUGUCCAGCCUGCUCCAGCUGGUCUCUGAUGUUGGCACACAGGAGAGUGGCUGGGACCCCUCUAGCACUGGCCUUUACAGCUAUCAAUCCCCUCAGUCUUCUUGCACAUCAGAGCUCAGGCAGGCCAGUCCAGCUGUCAAAGAUUUGAUGGCUCUAGAGUUGAGUGCUGGCUUAGAUCAAGUCAAGUCUGAAGACCUAGAUGAAGCAAGUGCUGGCAGUCAGCUUAAGCCAGCAGAGAGGAACAAUUACCCAUGUGUGGGCAAACAAAGCCGCCUCAAGAAGCUUGGUUUACCUUAUAGGAACUCCCUUGAGCAUGGUGCCAACCCUUCCUACACCUACACUUUUCAUGUGCCCACACCAGUCUUCAAGAAGCUCAAGUUCUAUAGGGGACCAGAGUAUCGUAAGCAUAAUUUUAAAGUGGUUAGGAUGCAUCCAAUGGAUGCACGGCGCUACAGUUUGUUAAAAAUUGGCAGAGAAAUGGUGAAGGUGAGGCAACUGUCUGAGGCUGACUUGUCUAGGUUUGGGGUCCAGCUGUCCAGUUACUCAGCAGAUGGCUCCACUAACAGGGUCAACCUGGACAUUCCCACUGGCAGCUCUGACAAGAGGGACAGCAGCAGCCAAGACAGCAGUCUCAGCAAGUUUGACACAGACUUUCCACCUAACAAAGUUGCUCCACCUAGCUCUUUCCAUGCUACUGCUAGACAGGUGGCUUCAUCAAGGUCAAGGUCUGCGUCCAGGAACUCUGAGAGGUCAAGAUGCCAGGCCAGCCAUCAGCUCUCAGGUUUUAGCCCUCAGAGUUUGCCUGAGCUGGGAGAGAGAAGCUAUGUGUACCCCAUGCAGCCAGGCCCCAGCAGGCACUUCCUGACUGCAGGCUUCCAGCAAUACACUGACAAGAGAGGGGACCAGCCCACCCAGCUGGACCAUACAAAUCAUGUACAGGAGGGCAUGUACACUUACAUGCUACAACAUCAGCAACCCCAAUUACAGGCGGGAUUUACAAGUUCCAACACACAGGCGGGAUUUACAAGUUCCAACUCACAGGCGGGAUUUACAAGUUCCAACACACAGGCGGGAUUUACAAGUUCCAACACACAGGCGGGAUUUACAAGUUCCAACUCACAGGCGGGAUUUACCAGUUCCAACACACAGGCGGGAUUUACCAGUUCCAACCCACAGGCGGGAUUUACAAGUUCCAACACACAUGCGGGUUUUACCAGUUCCAACACACAAGCAGAGUUGACGAGCUACCACCCGCAUCAAAAAAACGAGUUGCGUUCCCUGGGCCAGCAUGGGCUAGCAAGCAGAAUUGAUGGUGGACGUGUCUAUGGCCACAGUGGUGAGCACACCACUGGCACCUCCACUGUCAAUACCCAGGUGAACGCACGCAAGUGGGACAGCCAUGCUGCAUAUUUGGUCAGCAAGACGCAAGACAGCACCAGUGCUCAGUCUGAUGCCAGAAACUUGUCAGAAAACAGUCCAGACUGUCAGCCAGAGCCGACCAAGAAACAGAAAAGGAUGAAGAGAAGUCCACAGUUAGCUGUAGACAAGCCCAGGAAACUAAGGAACAAAUCCAUCCAGGCCAAGGAUUUAAAAAACAUUGUCUCCUUCCCUGUAGCAACUCAGCGGGGCAGGAGGAAUGGAGAAAUGAGUUUGAGAAAACAUGAGGCCAGUCCUGGCUGCCAACUAGAGGAGCACUCCAAGCCCAGGCGGCGGGGGCAAACAAGGGGCAUGGGUGGACAGAAGGAGAGGAAAAAAACACCUUUAAAAGAAGGAGUGCAUUACAUUGUGAUUGGAAAGUUCAAAGGUCAUCAAGCAAUGGUUAUAAGGAUGCAAAGAGUAGAUGUUAAACCUACUGAAGUAGUCAGUGCCCAGGCCUAUCAGACUCUGUCCUCUAAAGAUAUUGUUAGGACAGCUACACUAAGUGACAGGACACAACUCAAGUCUGACAAGACUGCUCCAUCCAAACUAAGUCAAAGAUACACACAAAGCCAGUUUCAGUUGUACAGGAAGUUUCGCUCCUACCAGCUCUCUCAGCUGGAGUUUCAACCUGACAGCCUGCCAUGUUGUCCUGACAGCCAGCCGUGCUGUCCUGACAGCCAGCCAUGCUGUCCUGACAGCCAGCCAUGCUGUCCUGACAGCCUGCCAAAAAACGUGGUUGCUGGCCCCAAGACUGGGGCCAGUAAAUCCAAUGUGACCUGCAUAAAGAAAGACAAGUUUUUCUCCAAGUUCAAGCAACAUUUCCUCAGUCAUUGCAAGUCCAGAGAAUCUCCUAGUGACCCUUGCUCUGACAACUUCUUUACUGGCAUUGAGCAGCGUAGUUUUUCCUGUUUCCUGAGCAGGUUGGCUGCCAACCUGAAGCAGCUGCAGACAGGGGAGUAUUCCUCCAGCUCUGAUGAUGAGGACGACUUCCUGGAGGAGAUGAUCUUAAGAGGGAAACUGGCAGGACCCCAGCCACAAACAUGGACUCUACUGAGAGGAGCUUUUUGUAAAGCUCUGCUCACUGAAGAAUCAUUUGGCUCUAGACAAAACAAAAGUCUGCUGAGUGAAGAAUCAUUUGAUUCUAGACAAAACAAAAGUCUGCUGAGUGAAGAAUCAUUUGGCUCUAGACAAAACAAAAGUCUGCUGAGUGAAGAAUCAUUUGGCUCUAGACAAAACACAAGUCUGCUGAGUGAAGAAUCAUUUGGCUCUAGACAAAACAAAAGUCUGCUGAGUGAAGAAUCAUUUGAUUCUAGACAAAACAAAAGUCUGCUGAGUGAAGAAUCAUUUGGCUCUAGACAAAACAAAAGUCUGCUGAGUGAAGAAUCAUUUGGCUCUAGACAAAACACAAGUCUGCUGAGUGAAGAAUCAUUUGGCUCUAGACAAAACAAAAGUCUGCUGAGUGAAGAAUCAUUUGAUUCUAGACAAAACAAAAGUCUGCUGAGUGAAGAAUCAUUUGGCUCUAGACAAAACAAAAGUCUGCUCACUGAAGAAUCAUUUGAUUCUAGACAAAACAAAAGUCUGCUCACUGAAGAAUCAUUUGAUUCUAGACAAAACAAAAGUCUGCUCACUGAAGAAUCAUUUGAUUCUAGACAAAACAAAAGUCUGCUCACUGAAGAAUCAUUUGGUUCUAGACAAAACAAAAGGGCCCAUUUGGAAUCCAGAUGUGAAAAAGAUGACUUUCUGAAGCGCCAGAUGGCGUUUUUUGAAGAUAUCUCUUCAGACUCAGAUAGUGGUGACACUAUUAUUAUUGAUGUGAAGGAGCACUUCUCUUCUGUGCCUCAUGUUGUUAGGGAUCAUCUGCUAGGUCAUGAGGCAAUAACUGAUACAACAGGUCAUGAGGCAAUAACUGAUACAACAGGUCAUGAGGCAAUAACUGAUACAACAGGUCAUGAGGCAAUAACUGAUACAACAGGUCAUGAUGCAUUGACUGAUACAAAAAAUUAUGCAUCAAUGACUGAUACAAAAAAUUAUGCAUCAAUGACUGAUACAAAAAAUCAUGAGGCAAUGACUGAAAGAAAAGGUCAUGAGUCAAUACAUGACACAAAAGGUCAUGAGACAUUGACUGAUACAAAAGGUCAUGAGGCAAUAACUGAUACAAAAGGUCAUGAGGCAAUGACUGAUAGAAAUGGUCAUGAGGCAAUGACUGAUAGAAAAGGUCAUGAGGCAAUGACUGAUACAAAAGGUCAUGAGACAAUGACUGAUACAAAAGGUCAUGAGGCAAUGACUGAUUCAAAAGGUUAUGAGACAAUGACUGAUUCAAAAGGUCAUGAUGCAAUAAAUGACACAAAAGGUCAUGAGGCAAUGACAGAUACAAAAGGUCAUGAGGCAAUGACUGAUUCAUAUGGUCAUGAGGCAAUGACUGAUUCAAAAGGUCAUGAGGCAAUGACAGAUACAAAAGGUCAUGAGGCAAUGACAGAUACAAAAGGUCAUGAGGCAAUGACUGAUUCAUAUGGUCAUGAGGCAAUGACUGAUUCAAAAGGUCAUGAGGCAAUGACAGAUACAAAAGGUCAUGAGGCAAUGACUGAUUCAUAUGGUCAUGAGAUGAUGACUGAUUCAAAAGGUCAUGAUGCAAUAAAUGACACAAAAGGUCAUGAGGCAAUGACAGAUACAAAAGGUCAUGAGGCAAUGACUGAUUCAUAUGGUCAUGAGAUGAUGAAGAGUCCAUUAUUUCUAGAUGAUGAGAUGAGCACUACAAGAGUAGAAGUAAGUCACAUGAGACCGGCUCAACUAGUUAGCAGAGAGAAGUCAUCCAGGGAGAGUCGACUAACUAGCAGGGAGAUGUCAGCUUUGGAGACUUCAAUUGGUGAUGUUCUAGAAUUGACUAGUGAGCCCGGUUCACUGAGUUGGGAGCAGAAAGCUGAAGGUUGUCUCCUGGGAAGCUGUUCUAUUGCAACAAGGGCUGAAACCUUGCCAAAUGUAAACACAGCUGAUCCUGGGAGAAAGAUUCCUCUCAAAAAGGGGAAAACAAACAGGGUGAAGAGAAGUUCAUUGCAGGAUGAAGGCAACAGCAGCUCUAAUGAUGAAACUUGCAUGGACACUCAGAAAUGCUUGAGAAGAAAAAAGCAUGUCAAGUAUGCCUUUUAUCCAGAAGCAUUGGACACAUCAGGUUCAGAUUCUUGUGAAGUGAGUGAUGAAGAUUACACUUACCCAGGCCAGAUCUCCAGACAGAGCAAAACUAAAAAGGCUUUGGGAACUUGUAGCUUGGAUAAACAGGCCAAAAAAAGCCAUGGCUUUAUUCCAGAUGAAAAGCCUGGCAAAACUGGAGCCAAAGCACGUGGUAGAAAGAAAAAAUGUGGCAAGCUUUUGAAUAGUUUAAGCUUGUUACACAUGGCAACACUAGCCAACCUGACUGACAUCCCAGCCCAGUCAGACAGACACGGCACAGCUGGGGGGAGCAAUGAAAACACAGCCCCAGUCCAAGCUGCUGCCUCUCCUGCACUCUCCAACAAGAAAAGAUGCAAGGGCAACACUGGCCAAAGGUUGAACUCUAGCAGCAGAAAUGUCUUGAACUUGGUCCACCGGCAAGCCAGCCUGAAACCUGGCUGUAAUGGUGCUUCACAUCUGGGCACCAGACCUCUGCCCUUCAGUAGACUUGUCUCUUCCUCACCAGUUCCAUCCAACUUUACAUUCAGCAAUUCUGAGCUCACAGCUUCAGAGCCGCAGUCUGCUCAGGAAGAGAUAACCACGGCUAGCACUCUUCAACUUUUGGAGAGUAGAAAAGCUCAAGUCAAUUGUGCCUCCUUUUCUAUGAAAGAUAUCUUGCGCUUGGCAACUCCUGAUGAGUCCAUGGACUCAGAUAGCAAAGAUGGCUUCCCACAGGUUAAACCCCCUGAACCAAAACGUGCACAAGUCAAAAGUACCACAUUGUCAAUGAAUGACAUCCUUCAAAUGACAAGUCAAGCUGAAGAACAGGAUGGGUCUGCAGUCCUUUCAGAUGCCAACAGCAAGGGUCCUGAGUUUGGUGUCCUUGCAUGUGCCGACACAUUAACCCCCCUUGAUGUCAAUAAGCAGAUGGGUGAGCUCAGUGCUGAGAAAUGUCAGAGAGCAACUGAAGAAAACACAAGGCCAACCAUGCUACACAAGACAUGUGCCUUAUUUCCUUCUUCCAGCUGCUCACCCCCUCAGGCAGUGCUAGUGCUCAGGCAAGCAGGCCAGACCACGGCUUGCAACUCCCCAGCCGGUCAGCUCGUCCUGCCCACCAUCUCUGUCACAUGCCAUGCUGGACAGCCCAGCCAUUUGCCACACAAACAGAAAAAUCCAAAAACUUUAAAUCUCCCCCCAGAAAAUGGAAGAGCAGAGCAAGUGAAGCCUGUACACUCCUUACAAAUACCUUCCUAUGGAAUGGUAAGCAGCACUAGCUAUGGAUCCAGCCCACACUUCCUCUACCAUAGGCCAUCUGAUGACAGCAGCCACCCCCUCAAUCUGUCCAGCCAACCUCCACACAACAGCUACUCCCCUGUUACCCCCACCUCCCCCAUCUCUCCCCACUUGCACCUUAUGGAUAAAAGCUCUGCUCCACCAGCCAUAAGCACAAGUUGUGAGCCAGCCAUAGCUGCAGCCAAACCUCUCUGGUACCCAUGGCUGACAGCAGAUCCUCACUCCAAGGUGCACUCUGCUGGUCUCAAGAACAACGGGAGAAAAGUAGAACAGCUGAGAAAAGAUGGUGCUAUGACAGCACAUAGCAUGGAACAGCUGAGAAAAGAUGGUGCUAUGGCAGCACAUAGCAUGGAACAGCUGAGAAAAGAUGGUGCUAUGACAGCACAUAGCAUGGAACAGCUGAGAAAAGAUGGUGCUAUGACAGCACAUAGCAUGGAACAGCUGAGAAAAGAUGGUGCUAUGGCAGCACAUAGCAUGGAACAGCUGAGAAAAGAUGGUGCUAUGACAGCACAUAGCAUGGAACAGCUGAGAAAAGAUGGUGCUAUGGCAGCACAUAGCAUGGAACAGCUGAGAAAAGAUGGUGCUAUGACAGCACAUAGCAUGGAACAGCUGAGAAAAGAUGGUGCUAUGACAGCACAUAGCAUGGAACAGCUGAGAAAAGAUGGUGCUAUGUCAGCACAUAGCAUGGAACAGCUGAGAAAAGAUGGUGCUAUGACAGCACAUAGCAUGGAACAGCUGAGAAAAGAUGGUGCUAUGGCAGCACAUAGCAUGGAACAGCUGAGAAAAGAUGGUGCUAUGACAGCACAUAGCAUGGAACAGCUGAGAAAAGAUGGUGCUAUGAAGAUCACUUGCCAAAACAUAUUUGUGGACAAGUUAAAAGAGUAUGCCAACAAAGUUCAGCCAACCGAAUCUAAGGAGCCACCAGCCAAGGUUUUGGGAGAGCCAUCAAGACAGCAGAGCACUAUGGACUCAUCAAGACAGCAGAGCACUAUGGACUCAUCAAGACAGCAGAGCACUAUGGACUCAUCAAGACAGCAGAGCACUAUGGACUCAUCAAGACAGCAGAGCACUAUGGACUCAUCAAGACAGCAGAGCACUAUGGACUCAUCAAGACAGCAGAGCACUAUGGACUCAUCAAGACAGCAGAGCACUAUGGACUCAUCAAGACAGCAGAGCACUAUGGACUCAUCAAGACAGCAGAGCACUAUGGACUCAUCAAGACAGCAGAGCACUAUGGACUCAUCAAGACAGCAGAGCACUAUGGACUCAUCAAGACAGCAGAGCACUAUGGACUCAUCAAGACAGCAGAGCACUAUGGACUCAUCAAGACAGCAGAGCACUAUGGUCGUAAUGAGCGAGCUUACCUCAGGCUCCCCAAUAGACCUGAGCUGUCAUCCAAAGAAUCAAAUCUGCCCCAUUAUCAAUGCUAGAUCUAGUGGAAAGUAUCUGGAAGAACUUCUUCUUCAUGGGCAUGGUUGGAAAAGUAGGAUUGUGGAUGAUUAUUUGAGGAAAGGAGUUGACUCAGACCUGAACUAUGAAACAGGAGAGAGUACAACUGAUGGAAAGAAAAGAUCGAGUGUUAUGAGUGACUCAGGUCCCUCUGUCAGUGGUCCCAGCCUCAGAGCCAGCUUGCCAGAUGCACCAUCUGAGGGAAGUUUACCUCAAGGUACCAGGGUAGGCAGCAAAACUUUGAAAGCAACCAGCCUGAGUGAUGCUGAUGUUGUCAUCCACCCCACUCAACCUGCCCCUGACAAAGCUUGUGUAGAGUCAAGUUUACACAGGCUAGGCCUACCAUCUGUGCAAGCAACAUCAGUUUUUUGCAGCGACCUUCACACUCCUGAUCAAAAAUUGGAACUUGGGGGCAAAGUUUUAAAAGUGGAUUCUAGAAGGCUCUGUCAAAUGUCGGAGUUCACCAUCUCUGGCCGGCAUGUACUAGGACUAAAGAAGUGGCGUGUCAAGACUGAGAGGAGAAUGUUGAGUGAGCAGCAGCCUGACCUACAGGUUGCUGCUCCUGUCUGGCCCCCACCACGGCAGGACACUGUGCUCAAGUGGCUGGCUGCUGGCAACAAGCAGCAAACAAUGGAACACUCUGCUCUUCAUCCAGGGGACAGUUCAGCUGAUGAUUCCUUGGUUUCUUCACUCAGCUCACUAGCUGAUGGUGCCUCGCCAUGUGGGCCAUCACCACUGAUUGCUUCAGACUUGGAUAUCUGCUCACCCCACAUGUCAGACAAAUCAUUUUCUCUUUUGCUCACCAAAACCCCAAUUACUUUAGGCAAAAGAAAAUCAAAGUUGACUGGAGUGAAUCAAACCAAAACAUAUUGUAACAGUCAAGAAGAUGUAUCAGCACUGUCAAAGAAAAUAAGAAAAACUGAGAACAAAGAUAGGUACCCAUCUCUAAGCAGCACACCUGUCAACUUCCAUGUUGACUUAGGAGAUGGUGCAGACAAAAGGCAUGUCCUGACACAGACACAGCGAAGAGACUCAAGCACUUUGACUACAGAUGUAUCACAGAUUGAAGGGCCAACACCUAAAAAUACAUUUGGGUUCAAAAUUGCUCAGACUCAUGUGCAAGAUUCUAAAGCUAUUCAUAAGUUCCAGUAUGUGAGCACCCUAUGCCUAGAGCUUCACAUUGAAACAAGAGGUGACCUGCGUCCAGACCCUGCUGUUGAUCCUGUGCUGGCACUCUUUUAUUCAGUCCUGGAUGAUGUGCCUGCAAGCCAGAAGAAGAGCAAGCUAACAGGUGUUGUGCUUGUGGAUCUAGCCAAGGUUUCCCCAAGUCAGAAAAGUCCCCUAUCUGAGGGGCUGUUGGACAAGUGUGCUGUGGAUGGCCUUGAUGUCAGUUACGUCCAAGAUGAGUUGGACUUGAUUCAGACAUUUUCUCAACUUGUGCUAAGGUGGGACCCUGACAUCCUAGUUGGUUAUGAAAUACAGAUGCUCUCUUGGGGAUACCUGCUCCACAGAGCUGCUCACCUCAACAUUGAUCUGUGCUCUCAGAUAGCCAGGAUUCCAGAUGAAAAGGAUAAAAACACAUUUGAUGCAGAAACCAAUGAAUGGGGCGCAGCUUAUACAUCAGAAAUUCAAGUUGCUGGGAGGAUAGUAUUGAACAUGUGGAGAGUUAUCAAACAUGAGGUUGCUUUGAAUGUGUACACAUUUGAGAAUGUUGUCUACCAUGUUCUACAUCGUAGAAUUCCUCUCUAUUCAUUCCGCUCUCUGACCCGGUGGUACACCAGCAAGACAUACCUUCAAAGAUGGCGGGUAUUUGAACACUAUGUGAGACGAGUAAAAGGACUUCUAGAAGUCAUUGACCAGCUGGAUCUCAUUGGGAAAACCAGCGAGUUCGCCCGAGUCUUUGGAAUAGAAUUCUAUGAUGUUUUAGCCAGAGGAUCUCAGAUUCGAGUGGAGUCGAUGAUGUUGCGUCUGGCCAAACCUUUGAACUACGUGGCAGUGUCCCCCAGUGUCAGCCAGCGAGCAGGCCAGAGAGCUGCUGAGUGUAUCCCACUGACCCUGGAACCAGAGUCCCAGUACUACACCAGUCCUGUAGUGGUUCUAGACUUCCAGUCACUCUACCCCUCAAUCAUGAUCGCCUACAACUAUUGCUUCUCCACAUGUCUAGGACGCUUGGAAUGCUUAGAGAACUCACAUGAGGGUCCUUUUGAAUUUGGGUGUUCGUCUUUAAAUAUUGAUCCAAAGAUACUUUCAAAAGAAAAAGACAAUGUUACAGUGUCUCCCAAUGGUGUAGUCUUUAUCAAAUCUUCGGUACGCAAAGGAGUUUUACCCAUGAUGGUUGAAGAAAUUCUUAAGACUAGGUUAAUGGUGAAGAAAUCAAUGAAAGCAUCCAAGGAUGAUAAGAUAUUGACUCGCAUGUUGGAUGCUCGUCAACUCAGCUUAAAGCUAAUUGCUAAUGUGACUUACGGCUACACUGGAGCCAGUUUCUCUGGCCGCAUGCCCUGCAUUGAAGUGGGAGACAGUAUUGUAAGGAAAGCAAGAGAAAGUCUGGAGCGGGCCAUUGAUCUGGUGUCUACAACUAGCAGAUGGGGGGCCCAGGUCGUCUAUGGUGAUACUGACAGUCUCUUCCUUCACUUUCCUGGCCGCAGCAAAGAUGAAGCUUUUAGCAUUGGCCAGGAGAUAGCAGAUGCAGUGACAGCAAUGUUUCCCAGCCCCAUCAAGUUGAAGUUUGAGAAGGUUUACCUCCCAUGUGUUCUUCAAACAAAAAAACAUUAUGUAGGCUUUAUGUAUGAAACACCAGAUCAGAAGGAACCUGUAUUUGAUGCUAAAGGCAUUGAGACAGUCCGCAGGGAUUCUUGUGCUGCUGUUUCUAAGAUUCUAGAGAGAUCCAUCAAAAUUCUUUUCACAAGCAAUGAUUUGUGGCGUGUGCAGCGCUAUGUCAGCCAGCAACUGCAGAAGCUUGUCAGGGGGAAGGUUAGCAUGCAGGAUCUCAUCUUUGCUAAAGAAUUCAGAGGAUUGAUGGGCUACAGGCCUGGUGCUUGUGUACCUGCACUGGAGAUAGCUAGAAAACGUUUAAAAGUGGACCCCAGGUCUGAGCCGCGGGUGGGGGAGAGAGUUCCCUACGUGAUUGUCCACGGUAGUCCAGGCCUGCCUCUGAUCCAGCUGGUCAGGGAGCCGCAUCAAGUGCUACAUGAGCCGGCCCUGAGACUCAACACUACCUACUACAUCAGUAAACAGAUCCUCCCUCCACUGCAGCGCCUCUUUGGUCUCAUUGGUCUCAAUGUCUUCAAAUGGUACCAGGAUAUGCCUAAAGUCAUGAGAUGUGAACCCAUGCUGAGAGCUGGCAUUGCUAAACAGGGCACCAUCUCCCAGUUUUUCAGCACAGAGAGCUGCCCAGUCUGUGAGAAGCAGACCAAGACAUUUGUCUGCCAAAGCUGCGCUGCCAACCCACAGAUGGUCUGCUCUGUCAUUAGCAGGCAGAUCUACAACUGGGAGAAAACUAACUACAGACUAACUCAGGUGUGUUUGAUGUGUCAGGGUACACAAGAUGGCAGACAGCUGACCUGCAUUUCCCUUGACUGUCCUGUCAUGUUUCGCCGUGUCAGAGCCCAACUAGACCUGUCAAGGGCAGACAACCUCCAGCUGAUGUUGAACCAAUUGUUUUAAUGGGCACCAUUCUUGGGCUCAGUGCUGGAGUAGAACUAUUGAGUUGAUAGACUGAUGCCUUCAAGCUUUAUGCUCAACUUGUUCCCCAUAGAGAAGUAAAUCUCAGACUGAACUUGAGAAAGUUCAUUGAACUUUGUGAUCACCAGCUGACUUGAUCACAAACUGAUCAUUUUUUCACAGCCUUAGCUGAAGUUUUAUUUUCAUCUGUGUUAAGGGCAUGGACUGGUGAUGAAUACCAAAAUGCUUAUUUAUAAACCUAAUGCUAUCAUAUCUAGCAUAUAGUAAUGACUCAAAAAGUUAAAUACCUAAGAAAACGUUUUAAUAACAAGCUUUUAUGUACUAAUGCACUAAAAAAUAGAAAAUAAAUUAUACACUAGUAUUUAAAAAUCUAUAAAGAAAAGCGUGUGUUACUUUAGUAUCUAUUGGAUAGCUUUACUAAUAUUUAGGAAGAGACCCACGCUUUUCUUAAUAGUUUUUUAAAUAGUAGUGUAUCAUUUAUUUUCUAGUUCAUUAUUACAUAAAAGCUUGUUAUUAAAACGUUUUUUAAUUUAUGGAUUUUUUUUUCAGUACUUUAAAUAUUUAAAAUUUUCAAUAGAGUUGCAUGACUAAAAACCAUGCGCACCUAAUGAACGUGAUGACGCAUGUCUAACAGUGCGGAAUAGUUUAAUGCGACAGCCUACUAAUUUGGACACAAUUUUAAUUAAUUCAUAAAAAAUAAAUCAGGCAACCAAUUAAGUCAAAUUUAAUGUCAUGUUGCAUUGUCUUCAUGUCUUGACCCACAUGCCAACGUUGAAACAAAUCUGCCAGUUUAUUUUAAAUUUCACUCUGGCGUUGAAACAAAUCUGUCAGUUUAUUUUAAAUUUCACUCUGGCGUUUGGAUCUAGACAGACAAGACUGACAACAGAGGAAUCAAGUUAAAUAAAAGCUUGUAUAAGAAUCCUUGUAAUAAAGUAUACACUUCUAUUUAACUAACUAUGAAGAAAAGCGUGUGUCACCUUUACUAAUAUUUAGGAAGAGACCCGGGCUUUUCUUUAUAGUUAUUUAAAUAGUAGUGUAUGAUUAAUUUUCUACUUUUUAGUGAAUUAUUACAUAAAAGCUUUUCAUUUACAAAAGAGUUGCAUGUCUAAAAACUAUUGCGCACCUAAUGAACAUGAGAAAGCGCGUAUAAUAGUGCAGAAUAGUUGGAUGAGACUGCCUACUAAUUUGGACAAAAUUUUAAUCAAUUCAUAAAAUAUUAAUUAGGCAUCCAAUUAACUAAGUCAAAUUAUAUGUCAGAAUGCAUUGUCUUCAUGUCUUGACCCACAUGCCAACUUUGAACCGAAUCUGUCAGUUAAAAGAGCAUAAAAUUUCGCUCUGGCAUUUCGAUCUAGACAGACAGAGACAGUAAUUUUAAUUAAAGCUUGUAAAAUGGGUGAAAAUUUCCUGCCGUUGCCAUGGUGAUGGUGGCCAUCUUGGAAAUGUUUUUAACAUUGAAAUAACUUUCUUAAUUAUUAAAGUUGAUUAAAAUUUUAUCUAAUUAUUCUGUAUAGAUAUACCAACAAAACUGAUACAAACAAAUUUGUUUGGUUUUUCUUUUACAGUUAAAAUUGUGUAUUAUUUGCACAAAUUUUGAAUUUUUAAAAAGUGCUUUUAAGAAAAAAAAUUGUAAAAAGAAAAGUAUUUGAAAAUUGAAUCCAUCAUGAUUGUUACCAACAUGCAUCUCUAUAGUCCUGCAAGUUUUUAGUGAAUUCCCAUCCGCCAUCUUUGAGUUACUUUUUUAUUUUUAGACUUUACUCUUUUUUGUAUUAACUAUAUGCUAAAUAUUAGGUUUAGAAAUAAACAUUUUGGUUUUCAUCACCCGCCUAUGCCCUUAAGCUGCCUCAAUUAGAAUCUCCCAUCAGUUGAUGACUGGUUCAGAUAGCUUGGGUUGUUGUCAUAGUAUCAUCCCAUCUAUUUACAAGUUAAUGGUGCAUAUUGAAUGCAGGCCACUCUUGAAAGCAUAAUACUCGUCCAUGAUAUGUCCUCAUUGGCUGCUGAUGGUAGUUUAGAUCUCUAGAACCCUGUCCUCAACUCUUUGAUUGAUCAUCUUGUGUUUUUUAUCAAGUUGGUUUGUAACUUAUUUCAUUUGGGCACACAUCUCUAUGUUGUCAAUGGAAGAUAAUUUGGUGUACAUGUAAAACAAAUGACUUUGUAUACAAGUAUAAAAUGAUUGGAUGACAGAGUGAUCUUGAGAGAUGUAACCUUGUGAGAGCCUAAAUAUUGUACAGAUUAAACCAUGUAGACUUAAUUUUCUGUUCUUCUUCCUGUGGUCAGAGGAUGG